UCAAUUAUUCGGAAUACCUGAAGAUGAAGAAUUGGAACAAGAGAUUAUGGACGAAAAUGGUGGGAGUUUGCCCGAAGAAAUAGCUAAUCUCAAAAAGGAAACACAAGAGCUCAAAUAUAUAAGAGAAUCAAUGGGCUCGCAAGAUUAUCCUCGAAUAGUUUUUCAAAAGGUAUUUACAAAAGAUAUUAAUCGGUUGCUAAUGAUGGAAGAUAUGUGGAAAACACGGAAGCCACCAGAACCCCUUGUUUAUGAGGAUAUAGAAAAACUCAGAAACGAAAUCGAAGCUCAGUCAAAUUCUGGUGAUGAUAUUCACACAUUGAAAGAUCAAAUACUAUGGAGUCUUACAGAGAAUUUCACCGUCUUUCUAGAUAGCAUCCGAAGAUUGAGUGCGCGUUUAUUAAAUGAAAAGAAAACUAAUCCCAACGCUUCACUUACAUUUGACAAAGAUGACACUGAUGCCUUAGACUUUGUGACUGCAACGUCAAAUUUACGUGCAAGGGUGUUUGGAAUCGAGGAAAAAACAAAAUUUCAAGUGAAAGCGAUGGCCGGAAACAUUAUCCCCGCAAUUGCAACGACAAAUGCUAUUGUUGCCGGGCUGAUCGUAAUGCAAGCUUUUAAAAUCUUAAAUGGAAAGACGCAUGAAUGCCAGACUGUAUAUUGUGCACCUGAAAGGCGACCAUUGCCCAUUUUAUCAGAAUCUUUGAUGAAGCCUAAUCCUGAAUGUUCAAUCUGUCAGAACACGCACGUUACCUUGAAAGUAAACACAAAGAAGGUAACUUUACGAGAUUUUCUUGAGAAAGUUGUACAAAGUCAAGACGAAGGUGGAAUGGAUAUCGAUGAAGCAUUAGUUGAAGAGGGUGGAAG